AAGGGCGCAGCAGCGCGGCGCGGCCGCGGAGCAGCCUGCACCGCCCCCCACAGCCCCUAUUAACGGCCCCCCCCGCAGAAACCCCUCAGGGCCGGCCCAGGGGCCGGAUCCGGCGGUCCCGGGCGCUGAGCCCCCUCCCAAACGGCUGCGAUUGCCAUGACAACGCUGACUUCAGCCCCCGCCACCUCCUCGGGCUGGGAGCCCGCUGGGUGCCGGCUGAUGGCUGGGUGCGGGCAGCGGACUGAGGAUGUCCUCGAUGUUUGGCAAACCCCGAGCUGGCAGCGAGCGGCCCCCCCAGAGUCCCCUCCCCGAGUGCAACCUGGCCAUCCUGGGGUGUCGAGGGGCCGGCAAGUCAGCCCUGACCGUGAAGUUUCUAACCAAGAGGUUCAUCAGCGAAUAUGAUCCCAACUUGGAGGACACCUACACCUCAGAGGAGCUGGUGGACCACCAGCCCGUGCUGCUGAAGGUGAUGGACACCGCUGACCAGGAUGGCCCCGGGAACUGCGAGCGGUACCUGCGCUGGGCCAGCGCCUUCCUCGUGGUCUACAGCAUCGAGGACAGGAAGAGCUUCGAGGGCUGCCAGCGCUACCUGGAGGUGGUGGCCCUGCACGCCCGGGGCUGCCAGCACCCCUGCCCUCUGCUCCUGCUGGGCAACAAGCUGGACAUGGAGCAGUACAGGUGCCAGCAGCCGAAGGGAUGUCCCUGGCGAGCAGGUUCGGGGGCCUCUUCUACGAGGUGUCGGCGUGCCAGGACUUCGCGGGGGUGCAGCACGUCUUCCACGAAGCGGUGCGGGAGGUGCGGCGCCGGGCGGAGGGCAGCCCGCCCCUCCGGCCGCUCUUCAUCACCGAGGAGCGACCCUGCCCCCCGGUGGCCACAGCGGUGGCCCUGCCCACCCGCCACGGCCUGGCCAGCUGCACCUUCAACACCCUCUCCACUGUCAACUACAAGGAGAUCCCUUCGGUGGCCCAGGCCAAGCUGGUCACCGUCAAGUCCUCGCGGGCUCAGAGCAAGAGGAAAGCUCCCACGCUCACCUUGCUGAAAGGCUUCAAGAUAUUUUAGGACGUGUCCCUGCAGGGUGCAGAGGGGAGAAGCCCCCGUCCCCCAGCUCCACAAGGACUCAGGCCAUCCAGGACAGACUUACAGGGCACCGCAGCAGCCACUGGCAGUUCCCCCUGGCCAAGCGCUGCCACCAUGUUUGCCCCCUGUCCUGCCUCCGAGACAGGGGGCCAGCCCAGCUUUCCAUGUGGAUCCAGGCAGUUCCCGGAGCAGCCGGAGCCACAGGCAGCACCCGGAGGGCCAGGGCUGUCUCCAGGGCCCCACAGCCAGCUUAGGUGCACAGGAACGGGAGCCCAGGAAGGGAAUCCAGGGAAUUAAUCGUUACUGAAACACGGAGGCACCCAUCUUGUUCGUCUCAUGGGUCCCCUGACCAAGCAAUAAGUAGGAGGAAUUUCUAUCUUUAUUUAAUCCAGAAAGGUGCAGGUGCUGUUUCAGCCAACUAAAGGCCUUAGGUGUCCUGAACCAAUUCCCAUGCAUGGAAACAAGUAAUUCCAAAAUAGCUGGGGUUUUUAACAUUUUUUUACACUAUAGCAGGGACAGAUGCUCCCCUGACAAGGACCUGCUCUGAAAAGCUUUUGUUUAAAAGACUGAUGUAUUUCCAAAAAUGUCUUAAGUUAUUUCACACGUCUACGAGCGCCCAGUGCAGGGCGUGAAGUGAAUCCCAGAGCAGACCAAGGCUCUGCCUGUGCCCAGGCCAGGGCCAAGGGCUCUGCUGUUGGUUUCAUCUGCUGGAUCAGGAUAAAUGUUCUGCUUCUCCCUGGAGUUGCAGUUACUCUGCAGAGCAAAAUACCCACAUGUAUAUUUGUGCAUAUAUAUACAUAUACAUAUAUAUAUAUAUGACCUCACUGACAGAGAUUCAAUACAGGAUUUCAAGCAACCACUUUGGAAAGUAUUUUAAUAAAGACGAUUUCUGGAAAGAACCCAA